GUCUUCAGGUCAGGACUCUUAUCAAACAUGUGAAGUUUGGAGCAGAUCAGACACUGUAUGCCCAAGUUACAACAACUUCCUCCUUCAUGGCGAAACAUCGAGCUUUGUCAGGCCGCCAUGGACACGCCCUUCAGCGAAAAGUCAAGAUCUUUGCAGUUUAAUGUCACAAAGGCCUUUAGAUUAGACUGACCAAAUAUGACCUUGAUCUGAUUAAAGCUCUAGGAGGAGUUUGUUAAAGUACAACGUCACCCAGGACUUUUUUGUAGGUAUUGGGCUGUUACAUCUGUCUACCGAAUUUCAUACCUGUACAUGAAACGUAGCGCAAAUGGCGCUUAAUUGAAAUUUUGUAGAUCUGGUUUGAGCUCGUGCUCCGCUCGCAUGCUCUGACACAUGCACACGGAGCAUCGAACAUUAUUAUCAGUUUAAAAUUAUAUUUGUGUAUGACUAACCUGUACUAUUUCUUUACAACAAAACGCUUUGCAGGUCUGUCAUUUCUAGUCACACACCAAUCAUCAUCAGCAAGCAUGUUUCCCACCCCAGCACACACACCAGAGAAAAAACUCUAUGGCUCUAUGGCUGAGAGAGAGCCUUUAAGUCAGCACGUCAGCUGUUAUACUUCCAUGCUGACAUUUAAAAUCUUUUACAUUGCUCUUGUAACUCUUUGUGUGUAGAGCAAGUGAAGUAAGUGGUAAAGUGUUUUUUUUUUUUUUUUAAUACAGGCUUCCCGUUUCAGUUUGCUUUCUGGUUGUGGCUGCUGCUGCGGUUAUCACGUUGUGUCCCUGAUGGAUGAAGUAUCAUUACAGCAGGACUUCUCAGGCUGUGCUAUUGUACGUAAAUAGACCAAUAUUAGAGGAAGAGAGAGGACUCAAUGACAGUGAGAAGACUCGGUGGAAGUGAGAGGAAGUCUGAGCAGAGCUCAGGUUCUGGAGUUGCUCAUGCUGUGUUUGGUUCCUCUAACCUGGACUUUUGCUGGCCAGGGAAAUUCUGCCUUCCUGACGCGUUACUUAUAAGCUUGCACACUAAAACACAACAAAGCAAAGCAAAGCCAAUCUGGUUGUGGAGGUUAAUCUUGCUGAAAAUUUGAGUGAUCAAUGAUGUUUUUUCUCUUGUUUGGUACAUUGAUGCUUCUCCAGUCUUCUGCUGUAGGAUCCAUCAAAACAGCUGAGAGUUACUGGACACUUAAACCAAAUGUGCUUGUGGUGAAUGUAGAAGUGGGUAAAGAUGUAAACAUAGCACAAGUGCCACUUAUCUGUGGAGAAGUCUACGAAGGGCAAAAUAUAACAUGGAUCAAAAACAAAGAUGAAAAACUGGAGGCUCAAGGAAACAGGAUCAUGAUCACAGUGGAGGGGUGGAAGGGGGCCGAUUACUCCUGUUUCAACAAGGAGGGCUCCUACCUAAACCACACACUGGUGCUGGCUCAGUGGACCUUCAAGAAGAUUAUCAAGAACAUUCCUGAGAAAGGUUACAUCCAUUGUUCAACAAAUAACUAUGGAGGUUCCUUCCAAUGUUUCUGGACAUGGAGUCUGAACAGGGAUGGCCAUGUUGCUCAUAUCAAAGCCACACGCCCUCACAGUGGAAGCAACAUCAGCUGCAGUCUGGAUUCCAAAGGACAGAGUAUCACAUGCUUAGAUCAUGACUACUGUCCAUAUUCAGAGGAGGUGUAUCGCAUCAACCUGACCAUAUACUUCAGAAGUAGCUUUGUUGUAGAAGCCUACAACACAAAGUUUUACAUCAUGGAUAUUGUGAGGCCUGAUAUGGUGAAUAUUAGCAGGAUCAAUCAAACUUCUGUAGAAGUUGGAUAUCCACAUUCUUGGAACACACCAUCUUCCUACUUCCCUCUCACCUUCCAAGUGAAAGAGAUUCGCUGUCCAAAACGCACAAAAUGUGACUGCUCCAAACCGAACUCGCCAGAGACUUACCUCACACAAAGUCACCAACUGCCAGUGACAAAAGGGAGGGCGGUGUGUGUGAGAGCGAGGGAUGAAUUCUGUAAUUCUUCUUGGAGUGAAUGGAACCUGUACAAAUGCAGAAACAGAAAAAACAAGAAGCAGAGGAACCAAGAACCAAAGUUAAUGAUGCUAUAAUUGAUUAUGUAUCAUUAAAUACAACUUUAUAUUAUUUAAUCAUUUUAACUAUUAUGAACAAUGACUGACUCCUACAACCCAUUAGACCUACUUUGGUCAUAUACUGUAUAAUUAAAAACACAUUGUAUGUGUUCUUGUAAUAUAUAAUGUGUUUAUCUAUACAUUGUAUAAUAGAAUGAAUAACACUAUCAUGCCCUUAAAUUAUUUAUAACUGUAGUACAUUUCAAUUGUGUUACAUGUAUUUAUUAUGAUUGCAAUGUUUCUGAUGUCUUUACAUGAUUAUAUCAGACAUAAAACUUCCAUAUGCUCAUAA